AAUUCGAAAGGUCACACUCAACAUUAGUCACUGGUUUUUUACACAAUACAAUAAAUCGCUGCAAAAGUGAAAUUUAAAACGUUUUUUGGCCAUAGUUAAAGCAAUUAAACAUAUUUUCUAAAGCUUAUCAUCCAAAGCAAUUAAUCCAAUAGCCCAACGAUUGCCAGUGAAAGGCAAAACGGUGAAUUUUCUUUGUUUGAAAAUCGAUUGCGUAGCAGCCAAAAAAGUAAAAAAAAAAAACGGAGCAAAAAAAUAAAACAAAGAAGAAAAACUUUUUUAUAGGUUUGGCUAAAUAGUUACAACCACCACUAAUUGCACAAAUCUUUCAUCCAGCGAUAAGAGUGCACUUGGCUACGAAUAUGGGUCUAUUUGGGCAGUCGUCGUCGUUUGACGUCGAUGUGGAAAAGGCCACCAGCGAUAUAAAUACAAAUGAAAAUUGGUCUUUGAUCCUGGAUGUGUGUGACAAGGUGUCGACGCAUCCACGACUGGCAAAGGACUGUCUUAAGGCGGUAAUGCGACGCAUGGGACACAAUGAUCCGCAUGUGGUAAUGCAAGCCAUCACUCUGCUGGAUGCCUUGUCUAAUAAUUGUGGCAAACCCUUUCGUUUGGAGGUAGCAUCAAGAGAAUUUGAAACCGAAUUUCGUCGUUUGUUGGCUAAAUUUAAGAAGUCACACCCAAAGGUCGCAAUGUCAAUGUGCCAAGUUCUUAAGAACUGGGCUGAGAAUGACUUUAAAGGAGAUCCACAAUUGACUUUAAUACCAAGUUUAUUUCUUAAACUUCGUUUGGACGGAUAUGACUUUAGAAAUUUGAAUGAGAAAAUCGCUGGCAAAGCGCCUGUUGAAAAGGCAGUCAGCUUGUCCAAGGAUCCGAAUGUGGUCAACAGUCAGCAAGAAGAGGAUGAUAUUGCCAAGGCCAUUGAGUUAUCAUUGAAGGAUAAUAAGUCACCAGCAAGUGGCAGCAGUCCCAAAGUUACAGCAACAACAAGUCAAUCUACAACGGGCAAUAGUACCUAUCCCUCGCUGUAUCCAUCCUUUGGUAGCGCAACAUCUACCACAGAUGCGGCUCAAGCAAGUGCAGCAGCUCCAGAACCUCGUAAGGUGCGAGCUUUGUAUGAUUUUGAAGCCGCCGAGGAGAAUGAAUUGACUUUCUUUGCUGGUGAAAUAAUUCACGUUAUGGACGAUACAGAUCCUAAUUGGUGGAAGGGCUUCAAUCAACGUGGCGAGGGCUUAUUCCCUUCAAAUUUUGUUACUGCCGAUUUAUCUGUAGAUCCCGAACGUUUGGAUAUCAAUCAGCAGCAUAAAACAGCGGCCACUGGGGCAGACGAAGCCCAGAAAACAGAAACAAAUGCCGGAGCUACAGCCGGAGCUACUAGUGUCCAGCCCGUUGAGAUUGACGAAGCGAAAGUGGAUCGUCUCUUACAUUUGCUGCAUGAGGCCAACCCCGAAGAUCCAUCCCAGGAUACAAAUGAAAUGUUACGCCUGGAACAAGAGGUUCAUCAAAUGGGGCCACUGAUUGAUGCCGAAUUGGAGCGUGUGGAUCGUAAACAUGCUCAGUUGACGCAAUUGUCCAGUGAUUUAGUUGAUGCCAUCAAUCUAUAUCACACCUUGAUGCGAGAUGAUCGAGCUGCAGCCGGCCAGUUUGCUGCUGGUGGCUUUAUGCCUGGUUUGCCUGCCAAUUUUCCUGGUGCAGCACUAUACGGUGCGCCAGGAUAUCCCAGCGCUGUGGGUUUCCCACCAGCGCAAAGUUAUCCUGGCAUGCAUUCAUUGCCAUAUGGUCCGGUAUCUGUUCCAUCUGUUACUCAAACAGCUGGUCCAGCUCCGGCUCAAGCUCCUGCUGUAUACUUGGGUCAACAAGGACAAAUACCAUUACCGUAUCAAAACGGACACGCUCUACCACCACAAGCGGCAGGACCUCCAGGACAUGGCCAAUCCAUUUAUAAUGCCAACCAAACCAAUCCACAACAGCAAGCGAUUCCCCAACAACAACAACCACAGCCUGGCUACCAUCUAGAUCAGCAGCAACAGCAACAACAACAUCCUACUCAAUUUGCUGCUGUUCCCCCAGCAGCCACACAAUUGCCACCACAUCAGCAGCAUCAGCACCAGCAGCAGCAACCACAUUCAUAUAUGUCACCACAACAUCAACAGCAUCCUCAAGCACCGCCUCAGGGCUAUCAGCCGGUACCCCCCCAACCACAACAACAACAGCAGCAGCCGUCAGCAGUUCCACAAGCCCAGAAUUAUGCUCCAAACGGUCCACCGCCAACGGCAACUAUAGCAGCACCACCACCAGCUCCAGGAGUUAACCCUCAGAAUUAUAUGCCCCAGAUUUCCCAUGCCCCCCACCCCCAGCAUCAGCCCUUCAGUCAGCUACAUCAGCAAAUCAUGGUUGGUGGUGGCGUCGGUGGCCCACCGCCCACAGUGGCCCCAGGAUAUCCCAUGCAAAAUGAUACCGUCAUUACAAACAACAUUCCUAUCUAUCAGCAGCAGCGGUAAAACCGUAAAAAACCAAACAAUAUCCUUUCAAGAAAACAUCCUUAACUACUAAUUAUUUUGCUUUAAUUUGCCUGCAAAAAACAAGAGAAAAUAAAUAACUUUAAUGAACUUCGGAAAGAGGGAAUACAAUUAACUUUUGUGAACUUUAAAAUUAUAACUUUUAUUCUUUAUGAAA